AUGCCGAUUGAAAUCGUUUGCAAAAUUGCAUUUUCAGAGGAUGAUGAGAAACAGAAGGGGACGGUGGAAUGCGACAAGAAGAGCUUGAUCGAAGAGGGCUGUCAGUCCACCACAACUGACCUGGUCACCUUUGCUGAUACCUGCUCAUUGCACGGCAUUAACCAUAUCUUUGUGCCGGGCGGCUGCGGAGUGAAGCAGGGUCUCUGGGCGUUCGCUUUCCUCUCCUCGCUGUUCUUCUUCCUCUACCAGGUGGUGAACUGCACCAUGUACUACCUCGAGCAUCAUCACGUGACAGCGUUGGACGAAGAGUCUGACCAUGAGAUCCCCUUCCCCGCCAUCACCAUCUGUAACAUGAACAGGUUCCGGCACACGGCAUUAACAGAUGCUGAUAUUCACCACCUGGCCAACAUGACCGGAUUGCCCCCCAAGAGCAAGGACGCCCACCGGGCAGCGAGCCAGGGCUACCCCGUUGCAGACAUGAUGGACAUCUUCAACAGGACUGGUCACCAGAUAGAAGAGAUGCUGAAAAACUGUAACUUCAGCGGCUCCAACUGCUCAGCUCACAACUUCUCAGUGGUAGGUCGUGGGUUUGGACGGUGCUACACCAUCAACUGGUGUAUUCUGCAUGGCAACACCUCUACCAAUCAGAGGAUGAAAGAGGGAGGACUUGGGAAUUUGUUAAAAGUAAUGAUCUACAUACAGGAGGAUACCGUUUGCCCACUCUGGGAGGAGACUGAUGAAACCUCUUUUGAGGCUGGAAUUCGAGUCCAGAUUCAUAGUCAGAACGAACCACCCUACAUCCAUCAGCUGGGAUUUGGAGUUCCUCCUGGAUUCCAAACCUUCGUAUCCUGUCAGGAACAAAGGUUGACAUAUUUGCCCCAGCCGUGGGGUGACUGCCGCUCAAGUUUAAAGGGGCACCUUCUCCCUGGAUAUGAUGACUACAGUCUUACAGCAUGUCGCAUCCACUGUGAAAAGGAGGCUGUGGUGAGGAAUUGCCACUGUCGGAUGGCCCACAUGCCAGGUAAUGAAAUUAUCUGUUCACCGAAGGAAUAUAUGGAGUGUGCAGACAAGACCCUGGAUGAACUGAUUUCAACGUCAAAUCAAAGCUGCAAGUGUGAGACACCCUGCAGCUUAACAAGAUAUAGCAAGGAACUCUCCAUGGUUAAAAUCCCGAGCAAGGGCUCCUCUAAGUUCCUAGCCAAGAGAUACAACACCUCAGAACAAAACAUCAGGGAAAAUUACCUUGUGCUGGACAUCUAUUUUGAAGCUUUAAAUUAUGAAACAAUUGAGCAGAAGAAAGCCUACGAUGUGGCAGGAUUGUUGGGGGACAUUGGUGGCCACAUGGGCCUAUUCAUUGGAGCCAGUCUGCUGACCAUCCUCGAAAUCAUUGAUUAUAUCUAUGAGCUACUUCGGAAUAAACUUCGGCAGGUGCUCAACCCUCAUCGUCGCAGCCCCACUGACACCCAGAACAGUAUAGCUACCCUCGUACUGGACGACCUCAAAUUUAGCUCGUGUGAGUCAAUGAGAUGCAAUCCUGAAGGUAUGGCCAUCUCCAGCAACACUCUGCGCCGCCCAGCUCAGCACAGACUGCCCUUUGAGGACUUUGCUUGUUGA